AUGGAUGACUAUCUAGAUGCCCCCAUGGAUGCUGACGAUGUGUUCCCAUGCAAGGGAUGCGGAGAAAUUUUGGAAGAAGGCAAAGCAUUCGAACUUGCUGGAAACCGAUGGCAUCUCGAUUGCUUCCGUUGUAACACAUGCAACACGCUCCUUGACUCGGAUGCGAACCUCCUUCUGCUUGGAGAUGGCUCGUUGAUCUGCAACAAUUGCACCUACAGCUGCAGUGCUUGCGGUAAUAAGAUUGAGGACUUGGCCAUCCUGACCGGAGACCAGGCCUUUUGCGCAACAUGCUUCCGCUGUAGGAAUUGCAAGAGAAAGAUCGAGAACCUGCGCUAUGCCAGGACCGCCCAUGGGAUAUUCUGUAUGAAUUGUCACGAGAGUCUAAUGGCACGAAGACGAAAGAAAGCAAAAGCAGCGGCUCAAGCAAAAGCUCGAGACACCGACAAAUCUCUUCCUGCGCUACCGCCAAACGCUGUGCCCCCAUCCAGUACAGGUUUCGCGCCUGAAAAGCUUGCGGCGGACUCGGAUACACCUACCGAACUAUCACCACGACCUCGAAAUGCUUACGGACGGCAGGACUCGUCGUCGCGCAGCAGUUCGAGGCCUGACCGCUCCCCUGAAAGAUCGGCGGAGAACAAGGAAACGGUGCUGGCCCCGCCAGCGCCAAACUAUAGACACAACCGCAACUCAACCAUGUUGUCUGCCGAUCUCAACGGGGGUGAUACUGAGGACUUCUUUAUACCUGUCGCGCUUGACCAGAGUCCCGCGCCGUCAAUGACGCCUCAGUCUAUGGCCGAUACGUUUUCGGACUCGAGCCGGAAGAACAAAGAUUACUUUGGCUCCACCAGGUCAAACGCCGUCCAGCCGGAGAAGAAGGAAUCAAACACUCCAACACCGCACAUCGCAUUGAUGGCGCAGAUGGCGCAAGAGAGGCAAGCGUCGUCCGACUAUGAGAGUCCCCAACAGGAGCGACCCCCACCCCGGAAGCUCUCUAGAGCGGCCGAUAUGAAUACAAAGCCGGCCCAUAUCGCUAGCAUCCUGGCCGAAGCCUACAAUCAGCAGCCUAACACCGAAGACUUCAAGCUGCAGAACGUUCCCAAAAGCAAGAGGCUUGUGAGUACCCGGAGUGAGUCUCAAGCGAGCAACAAUAUCGAGAAUGGAACAACGCAACGCAUCAAGGACAGUCCUGAGCCACCUUCAACCAUGAGUCCCGACAGGGUCAUGACCCCUAGAUCCUCCCAGGAUUCACGUCCCAGGGAUGCCGUGAGCGAUGAAAUACGGCCGUCGAGUGAAUCUGUGACCUCGCGCUCAGAAGUCUCGAACGUUGGGCGAUCCAUUCCGCGGAAAGAGGUUCCGCCUUUCGUAUCCAGAAACUCCGAUGGCAAACCUCUACCAGUUCCAGGGUCGAACACUAACGAUGGCCCUGCUCUCCCGCUGCGUCCUCCGCCGCCUGAGCAGAAGCUCAGUAACACGUAUAUGCAGCCCAGAGCACCACCUUUGCCUCCCACUCAGCAGACCCCUAAGAACCAGACUGCAACAGGUGGUGAAAACCAGGAGCUGAAGCCAUCCCCCAAGCUGCCUAGGUGGAGCUCUGGGGUAGAGUUCAGCAUGGAUGAGGAUAUGGCCAGGAUACUCGGAACAGAUGAGGGCUCGUCGUCGAUUCUGCGCCGGGUCUCGAACGCAGUACGACAUGGACGGAACAGCAGCGGCGAAAUAGGCGCUACUCCUGGCAGGAUUUCUCACAGUAGGAGCGUGAGCGAGACCACCCGAGGAACUACUUCGCCCCGUUGGCCGAGAACCCCGAUCGUUGAGGAUUACUCAACCGGUAAUAUCAACGAUAUCACAAGUCCGUUGUCUCUAGCUAGUACGACCCAGGAUGAUCCAGCCUAUUUGAAGCGGCAACUCAGAACCUCCGAGCAACGGGUGGCAGAGCUGGAGCGACAGUUCAACACGGAGAAGGAUCUGAAGAGCCUCAACAAGAAGUUGAUCGAGAAGAGGAAGACAGUUUCGGUGCUUGACACUCAGACUGAGAUCAUGAUUAGGCAGCUUGAGGUACUGGCCGGGUAUGUUGAGCGCGCAAAGAAGACUAAUGAGUCGUUUGACGCCCGCGAGCUGGAGGAAUCGGCAAUAAGGAAUGACUUGGUAGAGGAGAAGAACCAGGCCAUUGCCGACCGUGAUCGCGCUCUGCUCGAGUUUGAGCAGCUCUCUUCCAAGAACGCUCAGCUGGCUGAUAUGAACAAUGAUCUCACUCACCAGAUCCAGGAGAGAUUCAAGCAGCAGAUUAACAACGGCGAGCUCAAGUCACCCAAUGGUUUGGGUAUUUACGGCCAUGCCAAGGGUGCCUCACUCAACAUGGACUCCUCGAGCUUGCAGACAGCUACGACCAUGGUUGGUCCUGAUAUGGAAGAUCAGCUUGUGGAAGGCCCUACCGUGGUGAACAUCCGCAAGGGCCAGGUCAAGAAGUUCAACUGGAAGAAGGGCUCCAGCAAGGUGGCGCACAAUAUCUCGAAGGGUAUCCGUGGUGCGGCGGGCGCCUUCCAAGGACAGGAAGGAACCCAGAGGCAACAGCAACAGCAGCAACAGCAGCAGGGCCCCCUGAACGGAGACAACAUUGGCCUUCCUUACGCCAUGACAGUUGCCCAGGUCGAGGCUCCUGUCACUGUUAAUCCUCCACCAGCCAAUACCAUCAAGCCUGUGCUUGUUGACAACUCGCGGCAAGGUGGAGGUGGUGGUGGUGGUGGAGGAUUUGGUUUCUUUGGAGGCAAGAAGCCAAAUGCGCAGCAAAAGUCGAUGUCGUUAACCAAUAUCUCUACUCCUGCGGUUGCGGAGGCCCCUACUACUCUCUUCGGUUCCGACCUGGUUGAGCGGACUGAGCAUGAACGCCGUCAAAUACCAAGCGUAGUCACCCGCUGCAUCGAGGAGGUUGAGCUUCGUGGUAUGGAUGUUGAAGGAAUCUACAGGAAAACUGGAGGCAACUCUCAGAUCAAGAUGAUUCAGGAGGGCUUCGAGAAGCAGCAAGAUUUCGACAUUUCCGACCCGGAGAUCGAUAUCACUGCUGUGACCAGCGUUCUCAAGCAGUAUUUCCGCAAGCUGCCGAACCCCUUGCUGACGUUUGAGGUGUAUGAAAGGGUCCUAGACUCGAACAAUAUUCAAGACGUAGAAGAGAAAUGCGCUCACUUGAAGAAAACAGUCAACAUGCUUCCACCAAAGCAUCGUGACUGUCUCGAGUUCCUCAUGUUCCAUCUUGCUCGAGUAGCGAGCAGAGAACGCGAGAACCUGAUGUCACCCAAAAACUUGGCUGUAGUGUUUGCGCCUACCAUUAUGAGAGAUCACAGUCUCGAAAAAGAAAUGACGGACAUGCACGCCAAGAAUAAUGCCGUUCAGUUCCUGAUCGAGAACAGUGCCCUCAUUUUCGAGGAAUAG